ACUCCAAAGAAGAAGAAGAAGAAGAAGAAGUUUCCCUUCCUCACUAGCAGCGCCAAAUUUAGAAGAUGUUGUGGAAAGUAACUUAAUAAAAUGGCUGAAAAAUGUUCCAAGUCUAAACUUAAACGAAAUAAGUCGACUGUCAGAGACGUCCAGCCGGUCACAGUGAAGAGGAGCCACACAGCACCGUCCUGCAGUGAGAUCACAGCAGAGACCGGGAGGUCAGCGGUUCCUGCAGCAGUGUGGUGGAACAGCGAGCAGCUGCCUGCCGCGGAGAGCCUGUGGGCGUUGACAUUGAAGUCUGCUCUGCCGUACCUGGAGAAUCAGCACUGGGACCUGGUUCCUGAUCUCCCACAUCCAUCUACAGCGAGACCCACUGCACUAACGUUAGAUGAACAGCGGUGGUGUGACCUCAGUGAAGAGGUUACUCCCUUCCCUGAACCCUGUUCACCUUCUCCGAGGACUUCAUCGUGUCCAGAUCCUCUCGGGCUCGGCUCCUCUCGGCAGGAGCUCUCGGUACAGACCGAACCUGCACCAGACCCGUCUGACAGACAGCUGUCCUCUCACAGCAGGCAAACUCAUGAUGGCAAUACAACAUCCCUUCAAGCCCUCACAAAAAGACCACGGUCGUCCCCCCACAGCUGGGAGGGGCCGGCAUCAUCAGCCGGACCCUCAAGUGCUGGCGGGGACGAGGGGAGGAAAAGAGGGACCGGACUGCUCAACAGACAGUUUCUCACAAACCAGGGGAAAGUGUCUGAAAGACGAGUUUCUCUGCAGAGGGAGGGUGAAAAUGAAGCGGAGGUGGUGGAGGAUAAAGACGAAGAGGAGGUGCAGAGGAGUGUCAGAGGAGAUGGAGGAGCAGCAGCAGCAGCAGCAGGAGGUGCACGUCUGCAGAGCUGCCCCAUGUGCCUGCUGGUGUUCCCUGUUGGGUUCACUCAGAUGGACUGUGACGGCCACCUGGCCCAGUGUCUGUCCGAGGUGAACGUGGACAUGACCUGGUGAACCGACAGGACGCUGGCUGCUGUCCAGGAGAAGACACACACACACACACAUUCCAGGAUCAUAUUCCCAUGGGUCCUGGAAAACCUGGAGAAACGUUAACCAAUAUUCCAGGCAUUGGAAACACACGGAAAUAAGAGAACAAGUCAAAUGUCCUGGAACAUCUUGUGUUGUCCUGUCCUGUUAGCUGAGAAUGAACUACUAGGCUCUCUACCAGAGCUCCCCAACAUGGAUAACAUUGCCAUCUGAAAGGGCUAGUCAUGUUCAGGAUCUUAUUAAAGAGACAGUACGGGUGUUUGGAAGUGGGGUUGUAUGAGGUACUUAGCCGUAGUAGAUGAUGGACGGCACGCCACCAGUUUGGAGAAGCAGACGGGAGUUACUGCACGGAACCAAAGAAAUGUACUGCUGUGGACGGGGGUGUCAGCAAAAUGUAUUUUAGCCACCU